AUGCUACGUAACAAUUAUCUGAUCCGAUCCGUCUGCUGGAUCUCCUCCACCAUCAACUUCCUGCCCGCUGAAAGCUGCCACACGCGAUCAUGGGAGAAGCCAAGGAGAUUGAUGUACAAGAAAGAAAUGCUCGGGAAGCCCAUCACUCAUGCUCUAACAUUCCUCGCCGCCGAUUCAGACUCUGAAGCCGAGGUCCUCCGAGCGGCCGGCAUAGGCAUCGCUGAGGAUGACCCGACCGAGCCAAUCCUCACCUUGCGGAUGUGGGUGCUUGGGAUUGGCUUCUGCAUCGUGGCAAGUGGACUGAAUACGCUAUAUACUCUCCGAACGCCCUCUCUUACCAUCUCAUCCUCGGUGGUGCUUCUUUUGGCCUACCCGCUGGGAAAGCUUUGGGAAAGGAUUGUGCCCAGUUGGAACGUUCCGUUCGGAUAUUCUUCUUUUAACCUGAACCCAGGUCCCUUUAAUACCAAGGAACAUGUCCUCAUCUAUGUCAUGUCAAAUCUCAGUAUCUACGUUCGCUUGGGAGCCGAUGUCUUGACCGAGCAGCAGAUGUUCUACGGUUAUAAUGCCGGAUGGGGGUUCCAAGUUCUGGUUACCCUCGCUACAUUCCUGAUUGGAUUCUGUCUGGCGGGCCUUUUUCGUGCUAUCGUUGUAGCGCCGAAAAAGCUCAUCUGGCCUGGUGUCCUGGGUGUCACUGCUCUCACAACUACCCUGCACAAUAUCAACCAGGAUAAAGUUCAAGCCAGCUACAACACUUGGAAGAUAUCUCGCUACGCAUUUUUUACUUUCACCUGCUGCGUCUCCUUUUGUUGGUACUGGUUUCCAGACUUUAUCUUUCCAGCUCUUAGCUACUUCAGCUUUCCUUGCUGGAUCAAUCCGACAAGCCCUGUGGUCAAUCAGCUAUUUGGCAUGAGUUCUGGCAUGGGUCUUAUCCCAAUCACAUUUGACUGGAGCCAAAUUUCUUAUGUCGGAUCGCCUUUGUUGAUUCCAUCGUGGGCGAUCCUCAAUGUCUUCGUGUCCCUGGUGUUCUGGAUUUGGAUCGUGGCUGUGGCUUGUUAUUAUACAAACGUGUGGAGCACAGGCUACCUUUCUUUUCAAAGCUCAAAAGUUUACGACAAUACUGGUGGUGUUUACAAAGCGUCCAAGGUUGUGAACAAGGCUUCCGGGUAUACAUUGGAUGUCCAGAAAUACCUCGCAUAUUCACCUGUCUACAUGCCGAUCACGUUUGCUCUGAACAUGUUUGGGUUAUCCUUUGCUACGCUGAGUUCCCUUCUCGUCUGGGUCAUUCUGGAACAUCGCCAAGCCAUGGCUGAUGCCGCCAGGAGGGUUCCUAAGUUAGUUAUGGAAUCUCUCCCUGGACAUUCCAGCCCCCAAGAUCAGGACGAAACCGGUGCACCUGAUGUUCCUAUUUGGUGGUAUCUUGUUGGUUGUGGACUUGCCUUGUUAAUGGCCAUUUUCGCGGUUGAGCACUGGGAUGUGGAGCUUCGCUGGUAUGGGGUUCUACUAGCGUGUGCUGUUGCCGUCGUCUUCUAUCCUCCAUUGGCAAUUGUAUACGCAACAUCGAAUCUCAAGAUAAAUAUCGAUAUUUUUUGCAGAAUCGUCGCCGGAUUCGUCUUUGAGGGUAAAGUUCUGGCCAACAUCUGGCUCUUUGAUCUUGGGUAUAUCACCACCAUCAAAGGGCUGUACUUUGCGCAAGACAUGAAGCUUGCAUACUAUUGCAAUAUUCCACAACGGAAACUCUUCUUUGUGCAAUGUGUGGGCAUGAUUAUUGGAACUCUUUCAUCUCUUGGUGUUCUCAAUUGGGCUCUCAAUCAUAUCAGUGGGGUCUGCACGAGUGCUGCUGUGAACGGAUUCAGCUGCCCAUACUCCAGUACCCAUUUCAAUACCUCCCUCAUCUGGGGCGCGAUCGGCCCACGUCGUUAUUUCUCAAACCAUAUCGGCUACAACACCCUCUUGUACUUCUUUAUCAUCGGCGCUGUUCUUCCAAUACCUGUUUACUUCUUGAGUCACCGCUAUCCCAACUCUCUGUGGAAACGAGUCCAUAUUCCCGUGUUCCUGGGCGGCUUGAACUAUCUACCGCCUGCGACUGGCAUGAACUAUGGUAGCUGGGCGAUUGUGGGUCUGACCUUUGGUUGGCUUAUUCGAAAGCGAGUCCACGGAUGGUGGAGCAAAUACAACUUUGUGCUCAGCUCCGCGUUGGACUCGUCAGUAGGAAUCGCCGGUGUGGUCAUAUUCUUGACUGUCUACUUCACUGGCGCCAGCGACCAUUUCAGCUGGUGGGGAACACAGGUAUACCAAAACACCUGUGAUUGGAAGGAAUGUCCGCAUCUCUCGGUCCCAGAGGGUGGCAAAUUUGGUGUGUGA